AUGAAUAAAGGUCCCUCAUUAGUAAGGAUCUCUGUCUUAAUUGAAAGGGAAAAAAGAAAUACCAGCAAACACUUGUCCCUCCUUACAGCCAUUUUGAGUGAUCAUCUUAAACCAGGGCUCUCCAACCCUGUUCCUGGGGAGCUACCAUCCUGUAGGUUUAAACCAGGCCUCUCUAACCCUGUUCUGUCCUGUAGGUUUAAACCAGGCCUCUCCAACCCUGUUCUGUCCUGUAGGUUUAAACCAGGCCUCUCCAACCCUGUUCUGUCCUGUAGGUUUAAACCAGGCCUCUCCAACACUGUUCUGUCCUUUAGGUUUAAACCAGGCCUCUCCAACACUGUUCCGUCCUGUAGGUUUAAACCAGGCCUCUCCAACACUGUUCCGUCCUGUAGGUUUAAACCAGGCCUCUCCAACACUGUUCCGUCCUGUAGGUUUAAACCAGGCCUCUCCAACACUGUUCCGUCCUGUAGGUUUAAACCAGGCCUCUCCAACACUGUUCCGUCCUGUAGGUUUAAACCAGGCCUCUCCAACACUGUUCUGUCCUGUAGGUUUAAACCAGGCCUCUCCAACACUGUUCCGUCCUGUAGGUUUAAACCAGGCCUCUCCAACACUGUUCCGUCCUGUAGGUUUAAACCAGGCCUCUCCAACACUGUUCCGUCCUGUAGGUUUAAACCAGGCCUCUCCAACCCUGUUCCGUCCUGUAGGUUUAAACCAGGCCUCUCCAACCCUGUUCCUGGGGAGCUACCAUCCUGUAGGUUUAAACCAGGCCUCUCCAACACUGUUCUGUCCUGUAGGUUUAAACCAGACCUCUCCAACACUGUUCUGUCCUGUAGGUUUAAACCAGGCCUCUCCAACACUGUUCUGUCCUGUAGGUUUAAACCAGGCCUCUCCAACACUGUUCUGUCAUGUAGGUUUAAACCAGGCCUCUCCAACACUGUUUGGUCCUGUAGGUUUUUGCUACAACCUUCAGGUAGCGCACCUGAUUCUAAUAAUUAGCUGGUUGAUGAGCUGAUUCUAAUAAUUAGCUGGUUGAUGAGCUGAUUCUAAUAAUUAGCUGGUUGAUGAGCUGAAUCUGGUUAGUGACAACUGGGGUUGGAGCGAAAACCUAUAGGAGGGUUGCUCUCCAGGAACAAGGUUGGAGAGCCCUGGCUGAAACCUAUAGGAGGGUUGCUCUCCAGGAACAAGGUUGGAGAGCCCUGGCUGAAACCUAUAGGAGGGUAGCUCUCCAGGAACAAGGUUGGAGAGCCCUGGCUGAAACCUAUAGGAGGG